ACUAACCAAUCCAAAAUGUUACCAACGACACGAUCUCAAAAUUUGUUUCAUAAUUUCAUUUCAUAAAUAAAAAGAAUGAAGUUGGGUUUCACUUUCAGUCCAAAUUACUACUACACACUUCCACUCUCACCACCUUCCCUAAUUUUCACUUCUCCCACAAUUUCACAACUUCCAUUCUCUCACUCUCAAACCACUUCUUCAGGUAGAAAAAGAUUAGUUUUUUGUGUGCAAAAUAUUGAGUCAACACCUAGUGCUUUGAUGGCUUCAGAAGAACAAGGAAUUUCACAAGUUAACAGAAAUUUUUACCCUCAUAUUGAACCCUAUAGUACUGGUUUUUUGAAGGUUUCAGAUCUUCAUUCAAUUUACUGGGAGCAAUCAGGAAAUCCAAAUGGCCAUCCAGUUAUCUUCCUUCAUGGAGGCCCUGGAGGGGGAACUUCCCCGAAUAAUAGAAGAUUUUUCGAUCCCGAAUUUUACCGAAUCAUUCUAUUUGAUCAGCGAGGUGCAGGGAAAAGCACACCCCAUGCUUGCUUAGAGCAAAACACCACAUGGGACCUCAUUGACGACAUUGAAAAAUUAAGAGAGCAUUUGGAGAUUCCAGAAUGGCAGGUAUUUGGGGGGUCAUGGGGAAGCACGCUUGCCCUUGCAUACAGCCAAACUCACCCAGAUAAGGUUACUGGCAUAGUCCUCAGGGGUAUCUUCCUUCUAAGGAAGAAAGAGAUUGAUUGGUUUUAUGAAGGUGGUGCUGCUGCAAUAUUCCCUGAUGCCUGGGAGCCAUUCAGAGAUCUUAUCCCAGAAAAUGAGAGAGGAUGCUUCCUUGAUGCUUAUAAGAAGAGAUUAAACUCUGAUGAUAUCGAAGUUCAGUAUGCAGCCGCUAGAGCGUGGACCAAAUGGGAAAUGAUGACCGCUCAUCUUCUUCCAAAUGAAGAUAACAUCAAAAAAGGAGAUGACGACUACUUUUCACUGGCAUUUGCAAGGAUUGAAAACCACUAUUUUACCAACAAGGGAUUUUUCCCUGCCGACUCAUUCUUGUUAGACAAUGUUGAUAAAAUAAGGCAUAUCAACACCACAAUCGUGCAGGGAAGAUACGAUGUUUGCUGCCCUAUGAUGUCAGCCUGGGAUCUUCAUAAAGCUUGGCCAGAGGCAGAUUUUAGGGUGGUUUCCGAUGCAGGACAUUCUGCCAACGAACCGGGCAUAUCCGCUGAACUUGUGGCUGCAAAUGAGAAAUUAAAAAACAUAUUAAAGAAUAAAGGGGACUAAAGUGAGUGGACAGCCAAAUUAAACAGAAGAUGCAGUUGGAGACUAAUCAGAUUCAUCCAAAGCCAGCUUGUUUGUCUGCAAUGAAAUAAAUUACAAGUGUCCAUGUAUUUGCAAAAAUCAUUUUUGUCAGACUCAUAAUAGCAAUGCACAAAAAUUUGAAUGCUUGUGAAAUCAACUUGUUGAGAAAUUUUUGAUGUUUUGGAUCAAUUGAAAAAAUUGUGCUGGUGGUUUGGAUCAUUUGAAAACUUGUUGAGAAAUCAACUAAGCUAAAAAAUGCCUCUUUGAUUGAAAUAUGCCUUGGUAAUAAAGUUACAUAUUUUUUUUGCA